CAAAGGUGGAGGUCGCGACGACGUUGCUCACAUCGAGACACCGCGGGCCGGACGGACGCAGCGAUCGACUCGUAGUGAUACGAUGGGGCAAGGAGAUGCACCGACCACCAGCACGAUGGCGGGGACCGCGUAUCGUGAGAUGGCCAAGAGCCCCAAGCCGUCUGAGGCCGCGGCAACGACCCCGAAGAACGAGUUCCGCAACCUGUACAUGAACCCGCGCGGGAGCGAGGUCCACGGCCCGUUUUGCUCGAACAUUGUCAUCACGUCCAAGUACACUGUCUGGUCGUUCUUGCCCAAGUUCACCGUCGAGAGUUUUGCCAAGCUCGCGAACGCGUACUUUCUCGUCGUGUCGGCGUUGCAAUGCAUUCCCGCGAUCACCAACACGGGCGGCAUUCCGUCGUCGCUUCCCGUGCUGCUCUUCAUCCUAGCGGUGGACGGGACGCUCGCCAUCAUAGAAGAUCGUCGUCGCCACUUGGCUGAUGAAGAAGCAAACUCGGCAAAAUGCCAUGUCGUGAACCGCUCGACGGGGGCGUUGGACACGAUCCUGUGGUCGUCGCUCGAGGUCGGUCAGAUCGUCAAGCUGGACAACCGCGGCACCGCCCCGGCGGAUCUAUUGAUCUUGGCCGUUCACGAAGUCGACGCCGACCACAAGGCUGGCAUUUGCUACGUUGAAACCAAGUCGCUGGAUGGUGAAACAAACUUGAAGCUUCGGUGCGGCCACACUCCUUGUCCAUGCAUCGUUCGUGAUCUUUCACAAUCGAUUCGACAAUCGUGACGCCUCGAACCAAAACUAAAUGUUGGCUAUGUCGAUGCCUAGCCAAGCCAUGGAAAGCACGUUGGAUGCCCAGACCGAAGCCGAGGUCCUCGCGUUGCACGGCCGCGUCGAGUGCGAAGUCCCGAACAAAGCGAUCAGUCGCUUUGCAGGUUCGUUCUUUGUCGAUCUACUGGACGGGUCGGUCGCGAACGACCCGAUAUCGAUCAAAAACAUCCUGCUGCGCGGGUGCCAACUACGCAACACCGAAUGGAUGUACGGCCUCGUGCUCAACACGGGCCCCGAUACGAAGAUCAUGCAGUCGUCGGCAAAGCCUGUUGCCAAGUGGAGUUCGAUCAACGGACAAGUCAAUCGCAUGAUUCAGUGGCUUCUACUGUUGCUCGUGCUGCUCUGUGCGGCGUCUGCCACGGCCUUUGUCAUCUGGGAUGACACGUACAACGCGUACCCGUGUGCAACGACAGAGCCGCCGACGUGCUACAUGACGCUGGAAACCAACAGCGCGGCCUACCGCUGGUUUGUUGGGUUUGGCCAGUACUUUCUCCUCAUGUACCAAAUCAUUCCCGUGUCGCUGUACGUGACGAUUUCGACCGUCAUGUUUUUGCAAGCGAUCUUCAUGGCGAUGGACUUGGACAUGUAUUUUGAAGACCUCGAUGCCCGCAUGAUUGUGCGUUCCAUGGGGCUCAACGAAGAGCUCGGCCAGAUUUCCUACGUUUUCUCCGACAAGACAGGCACGCUUACGUGCAACGUGAUGGAGUUCCGCAAGUGCUCGAUCAACGGCGUCAGCUACGGCCUCGGCACGACUGAAAUCGGUCGCGCUGCGCUCAAACGCAAGGGAUUGCCUGUCCCGGAACUGCCCCAGGCGAAGAAAGGAGUCAAAGUCCCUUAUGUAAACUUUGACGACCCGAAAUUACACCAAAAACUCGCCGACAUUCCUGCGCACAGCAGUGCUCACUGGCCGAGAGAAGCUGAUUUUUUCCUCCACUUGGCCAUUUGCCACACGGUGAUCCCAGAGCAAGCGACGGACAAGAACGGCGAGUCUGUCCUCCGGUACUCGGCAUCGUCCCCGGAUGAACAAGCGCUCGUGUCGGCGGCCAAGUUCUUUGGGUUCGCCUUCGAGUCGCGCGGGCUGGGCGUGGCGCGCAUCCGCAUCACGAACAAGGCGCUGCAGCAUGACCCGAACGCGCCGAGCGAGCUGUGGGAAUUCAAGGUGCUGGACGUGCUCGAGUUCAACUCGGACCGGAAGCGCAUGAGUUGCGUGGUCCAGGACCCGAGUGGCAACUACAUCCUGCUGACCAAGGGCGCGGACAACGUGAUCACGCCGUUGCUGUCGUCGACGUUGAACGACUCGGACGUGGUCGCGACGACAUUUGAGCAGCUCCAGUCGUUUGCUGACGACGGUCUGCGCACGCUUACGAUUGCCAAGAAGACGAUUCCGACGGCGUACUACCACCAGUGGACAAAGCGGUACAAGGCUGCUUGUGCGUCGCUGGACCAGAUCGAGAAGCGCAAGAACGGCCAGGCAAACGACAUUGACGCGUGCAUGGUCGAGCUCGAGCAAGACUUGGUGCUGCUUGGGGCGACCGCGAUCGAAGACAAGCUGCAGGACAACGUGCCGCGCGCGAUCGCUCGGUUGAUGGAGGCCGGGAUGAAGGUGUGGGUGCUCACGGGGGACAAGCAGGAGACGGCCAUCAACAUUGCGUACGCGUGCCAGCUCAUGGACAACGACAUGAUGCAGUACAUUUUCAACUUGGACGAGUACCCCGACUUGACUGCGCUGCGUGAGAGCCUCGACUUGUGCGUGGCCGACCUGAGCCACGUGGAAAUCACGCGCCGGUCGCUUGUGAUUGACGGCGACGCGUUGGAAAUGGUGAUGGCGGACGCAGACACGUGUGCCAUGUUCUUGAAGGUCGCGAUGGCGUGCGACUCUGUCGUGUGCUGCCGCGUGUCGCCAUCACAAAAGGCCGAUGUCGUGGGCCUGGUUCGCACCAACAACCGCAAAGCUCGAACGCUGGCGAUUGGGGACGGUGCGAACGACGUGGCCAUGAUCCAACGGGCACACGUCGGCGUCGGCAUUUGCGGCCAAGAAGGCAUGCAAGCCGUCAACUCGAGCGACUAUGCGAUCGCGCAGUUUUACUUUUUGGAAAAGCUGUUGCUCCACCACGGCCGGUUGAACUACGUGCGCAUGUCCAAGCUGGUUGGGUACAUGUUUUACAAGAACAUCAUGAUGGCGCUGGCGCAGUACUUUUACUUGUACACGACUGGUUCGUCGGGGCAAAAAGCGUACUCUGAAAUUGCGUUCCAAGCGUACAACUUGGCCUUCACGUCCAUGCCGAUUGUAGCGUUGGGCGUGUUUGAUUUUGAUGUGCCAUGGGCCGUCGGCCAGCGGUUCCCCGCUCUGUACAAACCUGGCAUCACGGGCGCAUUGUUCAACACGACCGUGUUCUUCAAGUGGAUUGCAGCGGCGAUCUUUGAGUCCGCCGUGAUCUUCAUUGCGACUGUGUACGCGUACAACCAACUGGAACAAGGAGUUGGCAAUGGCGACUUGCAGCAGUAUGGGAUCCUGCUCUUUACCCUGGUCGUGUUUGUGUGCAACUUCAAGAUCAUCCCCAUACAACAAUCGUGGAUUGUGGUCGGAGGCGUUGUGUGGUGGCUCGGAGUGCUGUCGUACAUCCCGCUGUGUUUGUACGUCGAAUCCAACUGGUACGCGUUGUCAGCGAGCGACUUUGGCGCCACCGAAAACACUUUGGACGGUGGGGUGUUCUGGCUCAUCAUUCCGCUUGCAAGUGGCAUGUGCUUGCUCCGGUACUUCACUUGGGUCGUGUUCCAGCGGCGAUUUUACCCGUUCCUGUGGCAAGUCGUGCAGGAAAAAUAUGUAUUGGGUGAGUUGGACGUGCAGCAAACCGCUGGGCGCGACAUUGAAGCCGACCGUCGCCAACAUGACGACACGUACCGCGAAGUCCCUGGCCACUUCCGCAACUCCCGCCAUAGCAAUUCGUCGUCGCACUCGGUGUCACGCAAGAACAGCGGGUUCGCUUUCAGCACGGACCCCCGGUCGUCCAUGGCCGAGGGCAUUAUGAUCACGAGCACCAUGGAUUCGCGGGCGUCGGCGAUGCGGACGGCCGAGAGCCGCGUCCGUAUCACUCGGUUGGAACAGCGAUCAUCCGACUAUGCACUGACCCGCGACGACAAGCAACCGUCAGGCUACUUCAUCUAGCGCGUGACGACCUGGAACUCCAUCGACUGCAUGAAUCCAUUUUUGUGUGUUUUUCCAA